UCGUACUAUUGAGGUCUCUUUAGUUAGCGCCGAAUGGCAGACGCUCCAGACCCUUUCGAUUAAUCCCCAACAAGUGUACAUGUAAGCUCCUAACAAUUCAGCCCUUGGCGAAGAGAGAGUAGCCGUCCCACCCAACACUAGUAAUACCGAGGCGCGGUUCUAUACUUCAGUACUACCGCCCCUUGGGAACAGGUGUAUGUGUAAGAUGCACAUUCUAAGGGAAGUUAUGAUGGCGGCCCGGCAUUUUGUGGAUCUGCCGACGGUCCUGGUGGCGAUGUCGACCUGCCUGCUGUCCUACUUGUACCUGCAGCGUCACAGGAACCUCCCGCCCGGGCCCCGGCCGUGGCCUAUCGUCGGGAAUAUUCCGUACUUGAUGUGGCUAAAGCCUCAGUUCGGCCCCACCUUUCUCACCGAUCUGUCCAAGACGUACGGUGACGUCUUGUGUUUCUGGAUCGCCCUGAAACUUCACGUGGUCAUCAGCGGUCACGACACCAUCCGCCGCGCGCUGGUCACCCGGGCUGACCACUUCUCCAGCCGCAGGAUACCACCUACACAAGCCUACAUCCGCGGGGACGGGACAACCACUAAAGCGGCGAAAGGUGUUCUGUUUGCCGAGUACGGACCAGACUGGAAACAGCAGCGGAGGUUUUCCCUGAAGACCCUCCGAGACUUCGGCGUGGGUAAGCGGAGCCUGGAGGGGAAGAUCUGCGACGAGGCCGCAGCGCUUAGUCGGGAACUUUUGACAAAAGACGGUCAACCCUUCGACAUAAAACACUUGUUGCAAAAUUCCGUCUCCAACAUCAUCUGUUCCAUCGUAUUUGGGAAGCGGUUUGAAUAUGGUGACCCCGAGUUCUUGCUCAUCAUUACCUUGUUGAACAACGUCGUAGACACUAAGCCAGGGAAAGACAUUCUUGUUAACAUCCAUCCCGUUUUUCGCCACAUCCCUUACGCCUCUCCGGAGGACAAGAAACUCACCAAGAACCUCUUAGGAAUGCAGGCUUUCUGUAAAGAGCAGAUUCAGCAGCACAGGAAGACCUUUGACCCAAACGACAUCCGGGACUUCAUCGAUGCCUUCCUGCUGGAACAGCAGCACGCUUGCGCAGGAGGCGACCAAUCACAGACUGGCUUCACGGACAAACAGCUACAGGAGGUUCUGUUGGACCUGUUUCUGGCCGGGACGGAGACCACCUCCACUACAAUGUGCUGGGCUCUGUACUACAUGGUACUGUAUCCACACAUACAGGAAAAGGUACAUCAAGAGAUCGAAUCAGUCCUGGGGCAGGCUGUUCCCUCUUACGCCCUCCGGGAAAAGAUGCCCUACACAACAGCGACCCUAGCGGAAGUACAGCGCAUCAACACCAUCUUACCCUACAGCGUUCCACACGCAGUCUCAAGGGACACAACUCUGAACGGUUACAACAUCCCAGAUGACGCCGUUAUAUUGGUGAACCUGUGGUCCGUGCACAUGGACCCUCAGCUCUUCCCGGAACCAGACAAGUUCAACCCCGACAGGUUCCUGGAUCGGCACGGGAACUUCGUCAAGCACGAGGCGCUCAUCCCGUUUUCUGUCGGUCCUCGCGUGUGUCUGGGAGAACAGCUGGCUAGGAUGGAGCUUUUCCUUCUGUUCGUUUCCCUGAUGCAGCGUUUCACCUUCCAACUGCCAGAGGGCGCCCCUACACCGUCCACGCCAGGAAAGAUGACCGCGCUGAUCAACAUGCCGCAACCCUACGAACUUUGUGCCGUACCACGUGGCUAGCGCUCUUGAUAAGUGACUUUGGGCGGAACGUUUAAAAAAGUGCAAUACUAGAAUUAGAGUUCUAAACGUUGCAAAAAAAAAACAGGGUGUAGAGAACUAUUAAAGAAUCUGCUUGAUGAUUAAAUAUUUAAUUUAGUAGCUACUUCUACCACUACAGUUAAACACGACAGGAUAUACGCAAAGACUGAAACUACAAUUUCUAGAGUCUGCU